AUGAUCCCACUCCACGGCUCCGGCUCCGGCGCCGCGGGCCCCUCAGCAGCGGCAGGGCUCUCGGCAGCGGCGGCGCUCUCGGGCGCAAAUCUGCCCACACCUCCCCAUCUCUCGGGCGCACGUCUGGCGCCCCCACCGUUGACCAUCGCUUGCGGGUCGUGA